CGCGUCGAUCCCUGCUAUCACAGCGACUGACGAUUGAUAUUAUACACGAUUGGAGACCGAGUUGGCGUGUCGACCGGAGCAUCCUAAAGACGAGGUCAUCAUGGCCGCCAAUGCCCCGCCCCCACUGGGCUUGAAUCCCAAUCUCGCCCUCCCAACCCCUCCGCCUCUACUUCAUACACGUUCCGGAAAUCAGUUGUAUGAUCGACCACAUACGCCGACACAUGGCUUUACUUCACCGACCCAGACUCCGCAGGGGAGUCCCAGCAAGAGCACACUGCCCCCCGGCGCUCACGAUCUGCCUCACGUCUUCGACAGCGCGCUUAAGCUCAUGCCCAGUGCCCCGUCAAGCCCAACGAAGCUGGUGCGUCCAGGCUCGCCCGGGAAAUCAGCCAUUCCGGUUCCACAGAAUGGCUAUGGAGCCGGAGAGAACAGCAUUUUGCAGAGAGAUUACCAGCUGGCACCAAAUAGCCCGACGCGUAAAUCGAACAAGGAGAACGCCCCUCAGACAGCAAGGUCAGGGAAGGAUAACAAUUAUGCAAUGAGUCAGGCCGCAGCUACUCGUCAGGAAUUAUACCAUCCUCGAGAGCAAUCGGACCCUAGUAUUCGGAAAGGGUUUGGGACGCAGCGUGGCAUUUCUAUGGAAGACUUGGAGAAACUGAACAAACCUUCUGUGAAACGUUUGGCAAACGUUGCGCAGUUAUAUUUCCUUGAUUAUUACUUUGAUCUCCUUAGCUACGUCCACACACGUCAGAACCGACUUGGUCAAUUUAAAGCACAAUAUCCGGCCCCUCCGGCGACUCCAUCGGGAGAGUACGAACCUGCGUUACACAAAUAUCUUGGCAGAGAAAGAGCUUUUCUGCGGAAGCGGCGCACUAGACUUCGGCAUGGCGACUUCCAGAUCCUUACACAGGUCGGUCAAGGUGGAUACGGUCAGGUCUUUUUGGCGCAGAAGAAGGAUACCAAGGAAGUGUGCGCGUUGAAAGUGAUGAGCAAAAAGCUGCUUUUUAAAUUAGAUGAAAUUCGCCAUGUGUUGACGGAACGAGAUAUCUUGACCGCAGCCAAGAGUGACUGGCUCGUAAAGCUCCUCUACGCUUUUCAAGACGAAAAGAGCAUCUACUUGGCUAUGGAAUACGUGCCUGGAGGCGAUUUCCGUACCCUUCUCAACAACACUGGCGUCCUUCACAACCGUCAUGCUCGUUUCUACACUGCUGAAAUGUUCUCAUGCGUGGACGCACUGCACCAACUGGGCUACAUUCAUCGCGACCUCAAACCCGAGAACUUCCUUAUCGACUCCACUGGGCAUGUCAAGCUCACAGAUUUUGGUCUGUCGGCGGGCAUGUUGAGCCCCGUCAAGAUUGAAUCUAUGCGCAUUAAGCUCGAGGAAGUGGGCAACCUAUCUGCGCCUUUUGGCAGACCGAUGGAGGAACGUUCCGCGGCCGAGCGACGAGAAGGCUACCGAUCGCUCCGCGAGCGCGAUGUCAAUUAUGCCAAAUCCAUUGUCGGUUCCCCCGACUAUAUGGCUCCCGAGGUGCUCAAAGGCGAGGAGUAUGAUUUCACCGUGGAUUAUUGGAGUCUGGGAUGUAUGCUCUUUGAGGCGCUUGCCGGCUACCCUCCCUUUGCCGGUGCUACCGUGGACGAGACGUGGCAGAAUCUCAAGCACUGGCGCAAAGUGCUCAGGAAACCCGAGUACGAAGAUCCUACGUACUUUCUCAGUCCCCGAACCUGGGAUCUCAUCACGCGGCUUGUCGCCUCCAAAACCUCUCGUUUCCGAGGUAUCCAGGAGAUUCAUUCGCAUGCAUACUUUUCAGAAGUCGACUGGAACAGACUGCGAGCGCAACGUGCGCCGUUUGUGCCAGAGCUCGAUUCCGAGACUGAUGCGGGCUAUUUCGACGACUUUAGCAGCGAGGCCGACAUGGCGAAAUACAAGGAGGUGCAUGACAAGCAGGCGGCAAUAGAAAGCCUGGCGGACCGCGACGAGAAGAUGAAUAAGGGCUUGUUUGUUGGGUUUACAUUUAGGCAUCGCAAACCCGCUACAGACGGCGAGGGUAGUCCCCGAAAGGCCAUUCCAACAGACGGCUCUUUUGGUACCAUGUUCUAG